CUCAACAAAGGCUGGAGAGAAUAUGCAAAGCCCUAGCAGCCCCCAGGGCCGCUGUUGCCCGUCCCCUCCCUCUUCCCCAGUCAGCGAAGCAAAGAGUGACGGGGCUAGAAACAUGUGGGUGUUCGGAUAUGGCUCUCUCAUCUGGAAGGUGGAUUUUCCUUACGAGGACAAGAUGGUAGGAUACAUCACGGGCUACAGCAGGAGGUUCUGGCAAGGCAGCACGGAUCACCGUGGAGUGCCGGGCAAGCCUGGAAGAGUUGUGACACUUAUUGAAGAUCCUGAGGGUUGUGUGUGGGGUGUUGCAUACAAGCUGCCAAUAGGACAAGAAGUUGAAGUAAAAGCCUAUCUUGAUUUUCGAGAGAAGGGUGGAUAUAGGACUACAACUAUUGUCUUCUAUCCUAAAGAUCCUGCAGUGGAACCUUUUAAUGUGCUAUUAUAUAUUGGAACCUGUGAAAACCCUAACUACCUCGGACCUGCACCUCUAGAAGAAAUUGCCGAACAGAUUUUUAAUGCAGUUGGUCCUAGUGGAAGAAAUACAGAAUACCUAUUUGAACUUUGCAAUUCCCUCAGGGAUCUUGUACCAGAAGAUGUGGAUGAACAUGUUUUUAAUUUAGAGAAACUGGUAAAGAAACUAUUGGAACAAGAGCAAAACAAACCUGUAUAACAGUCGCUUUGCAAACAGUUUCUUCACUAUCAGACUAAGUUUAUUCUGUUUAUAUUGUUUAUAUAAUUUGGAAAUUAGCCAUCAAAAUUUUUAAAAAAAUAAUUUUCAUAUUUCAUUGAGGCAUCACUGUCCUUGAGCAACAGAGAUUUUUAAAAUGAUAUUUAAAUUUAAGAAGGAACUUUGAAUUUCCAUAAAGUUUUAAGAAUGCUUUUCUGUUCAUUUCUCAAAUUGGAAUAACUUAGGCCUGAUUUAAGUUGAAGGGAAACUUUCUUAACUUUAAAUUAUUAGAUUUUGUUUUCCUUUCUAAAAAAAAGUUUUGAACUAGAUUCUUCACUUAGGUAUGGAUGCAGUCCUAUGCACAAAAGGAAGUCCUUUCAACAAAGAAAGAAAUGCAUAGGAUUGAGUGAUGUGUGUUGACAUAAAUGUCAGUAUAUUCCUUCAAAAAUGUUCCCAAUGGGAUUUGUGGAUUACAGCACUGAGAGAAAAAUUCUUUGUACACUUGUUUAGGAUUGAGUCCAACAUGGUACAAAGUAAAUAUGUGUAGGACUACAUUGUAAAUGGCAAUUAUAUCUAUAUGAAAGGCCUGGAUUAUUUGUACAACUGUUUGAAAUGUAUUGCUUAUUAUAUAUUAUUUAUCAUUUAGUUUCACUUGCCCAAAUUCAAUAAUUUAUAUAUAACAUUUGCUUAGUGAUAAGAGGAUCAAAUAGUUACAAAUGAAAGGAAACAGCACUUUGCAUUCAUGGUUUCAAUAUCUUCAGAGAUGAUGUAUACUGGUACCAUAAGACUUUCUCUCAUUUUUGGAAAAUAAUUGUAAUCAGGGAAACAACUUGAAUCUAGAGUAAAAAGUAUGUAACAAAACUCCUAUCCAUAAUCAUUGGGCAUUUUUAGAGAUAGUCAAAUUUGCCCUUAUCCUAGUAAUUAGAACUCCAUUAAUGAAAAUUCACAAUAACCCUUUGUUCAACCUUUACUAUGCCAACAUGAAGUGGUCACCAAUACCUAUUAUAGUUUCACAACUUCUUGCUUCUAAACACACAAUAACACAUUGAGGUACAAGAAUAUUUCUUCUUCAAUUUUUGUUUUUAGUGACAAUCCUUAGUUUUUAUAAAUUUCUAUGCAUUUGUAAAGCUUUCAUUAUGAAGACUGCACUUCUCUUUGUACACUCUUAAUUGGAAAAAUUUGGAAGUAUAUGGAUUAUCCAGCCCAUUUGAAAAGCAGAGAAUCAGCAUUUGCAAUACAAAAGCACAUUUUUGACACUAUUCUAUACUAAUUUCUUUUUGCCUCAAACAGAAGAAUAGGAUUAUUGUUUCUAUAAGGACUGGCAGAGAUCUAGCAAGCAUCUAAAGGAAUAAGCUCCCUUGAAAGCCAAAGUUCCUCAGAAAAUGUUGGCACAUAACUUGCAGCAUAGGUUUUAAAUGGAAAUUUUUCGCUGCAAAUGUCCAAGUCUAGUUAUUAUCAUUAGCAUAGUUCUAGUUGUACCUGGAUAACUUAGUAUAAUUAACUUAAUUAUAUUUUCUACUAACAAAAUUUGGAAAUGCUUGCUAGAAUAUUUUACUGCAAUGAUAAACAUGUCAGUAAACAAAAGAAAAUACAUGAGCUCCAGUCUAUUUCCAAUCUCUUAAAGACAUAAAAAUAUUAUAACUCCUCCCAUAGACUAGGAUUUCAAAAAAACACUAUGGAAUGCCUCUUUCAUGGCUAUAGCUGGCCAGUAAAUACCCUUUAAAAAUUCUAAUUGUGCAUCUCUCUCCCAUAGUGCUUUGAACUUGAUGUUUAUUGAAGAUUGUAUUACAUAUAUCUAGGCAAUCUGUCACAAUAUUUUUGAAACCACGUCAAAGUAAUUAUUUGAGAGUCUAAAUUAAAAUUUACACCAGGUAAGCAUAAGCUGUUGAUUUAGUUUAAAUCUAAUCAGCCAAUUUUAUUUGCGUCCAGAAGGCCCAUAAGCAACUUACAAACACAAUAUAAAUUUAAAUAUUUUACUUACUAAACUGUUUUAUCCAAUGUCAAAUUUAGAUUAUGUUUGUAAGUAGCUUUUGGAUCUUUUGGCUGUAAAUAAAAUUGAUUGAUUUAGUUAAAUGUACCUCUUUUUUCAGGACUCUGUACUUAUCAAGGGUAAGUUGCACAGUAAAUUGCCGGGACUUCUAAAUCUUCUCAACUUCCACUAAAAUGGUUAUCUGCUGCGUUAACUUGAUGAUGAUCUCAUAACAACAAAAAACGUUUCCGUCCCAACUAUGCAUGUACAUCUCACAGUUUCAGUUCUUUUCUUUAAACUUUCAACAAAAGCAUAAACUGGUUCUAUGUUUCUGUCAUUUUCAUAAUGAAACUUGUAUGAUUUUGCAUUAGUAAUACAACAAUUAUGAUUUAAGCCCAUACAGUGUUUUUCUUCCUCUGUUUAACAAAAACUCGCAAAUGUUAUGCUGUGUUGUUGUUUGUGUUUUUGAAGGCACUUUUAUUCAACAAAGUGUGAUAACUAAGUCUGAAUCUGAAGGGUAUAGUUUUAAUAAGGAGUUAAUCAAGAGAUUACACAAUGAAAAGGAAUUCUGAUACAAAUUAUAAACUGAUCUGGUAUUUCCAGAUCGUAGUAAAAUAAAUCAUAUUUAGGUUAAAUAUGAUUAAUUCUUAUUACAUCAUUAUAAAAACAUCUAUAUAGAAAUAGGGCUUAGCUACCAUAAAAAAAUUUCACUGAUUUUUAAUUCAAUUUUAAUUCAAUUACAUUAAGCAAAGCAGAGCUCAGCAACCAGCAAAUGUGAAUACUGUAUAAUCAAAGAAAUGUUCAACUUUCAUUUCCCAAGUAGAAACUCAUGCUGCGUAUCAAGUACUCUCUUAAAAAAUUAAAUGGAAUUUUAAUAAGUUUGUAAUCCAUAAAUUGCUUCUCUGAAAAAAUAUAUAUACAAUUCCAUUGGGCAUUCUGAAAAUCUUUGGAUCCCAGCCAUCAACACUAGAGAUGCAGUACAGUGGUAUAAAUAUGCAAAAAGUUAUAGGUGAAAUGUGGUGACUUUUAAGCUUGAAAUUAGAAGUACACUGAAAAGCCAGCACCACUCUUAGAAACCUGCUUCAGCAUCAGAGGGUGGCUUGUUUUACUAGAAGAUAAAUGCACAUACAUAUUUUAAUGAGUUACAGGUAUCCUUCAACUUAUGAAGAUUCAGUGACCAUUCAAAAUUACAAUGGCGCUGAAUAAAGGGACUUAUGACCUAUAGCCAAACCUAUGGCCACUGCAGUGCCCCCCCUCCCCGUGGUCAUGACAUCACACUUCAGGCAUCCAUACAAUCAACAUCAGGGAUGCUGCAAUUGUCCCUACUUAUCUAUCUUCCUCCCAUUCACCCCACUGUUUCCCAUGAGCCUGCUUCCCAUCUUGCUGGAUCCCAUACCCCACCAUGCACUUACCUAUAUCAAAGAUUCCCUUUCCUGAAGAAAAAUAGCUAAUGCAUCAUGCAGUCUUCCUAUAUAAAACUGGCUUGGAAUCAUCUUGGAAAUGUGCCAUUUUGGGAGUGGCCAUAAUUUUCAGAUCUCAAGAAGUAUGGCCACUUUUAAAAUGGCACCAGUUUCCGGUAUGGUACCAGGCAACUUCUGUAUAGGUGAAUAUAGUGAUGAAUUGCUGCUUCUCUUUCUGAAAGACAAUUUCUGGAAGUUGUCAUUUGGAAAGAGAAUCAGUUGAUGUGACACACACCAAUCUCGCAGAUUGACGCUUGCCUACAGAAUGACACAAAGCGGCCUCUGCAAGAAGGCUGCAUGGUUGCAUUAGGGUUGGGUACUCUCUUGGAAUGGUAAACUGGAAAAGAUAAGUGGAGUGAGGCAGGAGAGGAUACGCAAGAGUGUGGGACCCAGGGGGGCAGGAAGCUGUAGAAGGAGUGCUUCAAGAAGUGGGGGAGGCCUGAUGCAGGCGAUAUGUGAGCUGGGGAGGUACACUGCACUACAGUCCUGCAUUAGGCGUCCCCCACCAGCUAUGGCAUUGUGUGUUCCAAUUAACAAUUACCAUGGGGAAAGCAGAUAUUCUGGUCAUAAACAAGGUGAGCACAUGGACACCUCACUAAUAACUUCAGUAACAAAUAUAAUUCCAAGUUUGAGAACUACUUGUAUUUAUUUACAAGAGUAUAAUUUCUGUUCUAAUAGCAGAUUGUGAGGAGGAACUAAGAGGUUCUUGAUGAGGGUGAAAGAUGAGAGUGCAAAAAUUGGUUUGAAACUCAACAUUAAAAAAAAGGAUCAUGGCAUCUGGUCUCAUCACUUCCUGGCAGAUAGAAGAAAUGGAAGCAGUGAGAAAUUUUAUUUUCUUGGGCUCUAACAUCACUGCAGACGGUGACUG